AUGAAGAUGGUAAACCACACAACAGUGACAGAGUUCAUUAUUUUGGGGUUAACGGAUGAUCCUACACUUUGUUCCAUCUUCUUCGUGAUUUUUCUAGGAGUCUAUGUUGUUACCAUAUGGGGCAAUUUCAGCACAAUCAUCUUAAUCCGAGGCAGCCCUCAGCUUCACACCCCAAUGUACCUUUUCCUCUGCCAUUUGGCUUUUGUGGACAUCGGGUAUUCUACAUCAGUCACACCUCUCAUGAUUGUGAGUUUCUUAAGAGAAAGAACUGCCAUCGCUGUUGCUGGCUGUAUAGCCCAGCUUGGCUCUAAUGUUAUCUUUGGGACAGCUGAAGCCUUCCUGCUGGCUUCCCUGGCCUACGAUCGCUAUGUGGCCAUCUCCUCCCCACUUCUCUACUCCACACACAUGUCUCCCAGUGUCUGCAUCAUCUUACUGGUUGCUUCCUAUCUCAGUGGGUGUGUGAAUGCUUCAUUGUGUACUGGCUGUUUAAUGAGCCUGACUUUCUGUGGCCCAAAUAAAAUUAACCACUUCUUCUGUGACCUUCCACCACUAGUGAAGCUUUCUUGUACCCAUAUUUAUAUGGCUGAAAUAUCCCCUGCCAUCUCAGCUGGGUCUAUCAUUGUAAUCACGCUGUUUAUCAUAGUUGUUUCAUAUGUCUACAUCCUCCACGCCAUCCUGAAGAUGCGCUCUACAGAGGGACGGCACAAAGCCUUCUCUACCUGCACUUCCCACCUCACUGUAGUCACUUUGUUUUAUGGGCCAGUUACCUUUGUUUAUGUCAUACCAAAGUCAAGGCACUCACCUGACUAUGUUAAAGUGGUGUCUGUGUUUUACACGGUGGUGAUCCCCAUGUUGAACCCCCUUAUUUACAGUCUGAGAAACAAGGAGAUCAAAGAGGCCAUGAGAAAAUUGAUGGCUAGAACACACUGGUCUUUUUUAAAGUAA